UCGUCUGAUGAGUUCGCAGGCUCGCGGCUACAGUACGCCGGCCAACCGCGAGCCAAUAUGACCUAUGCUAUAACCGGCGAAGUUAUUGUUAAACCCCGAUAACCUACGUCGGACUACAUUGCUCAAUCGCUCUCGGCCUGUCGCCGGAGACUUCUGUGUUAUUUGUUUAUCGAACUAUGCCCGAUGGCGCAUUUAAAACUAGCCGUGUUCAUCUGCUUUCUUGGAGUGACCCUGUCAAGCGUUGAUGGAAAAUGCAAGAACAAAGCGAGAUGUAUUCCGCUAGACCAGUGUACUGGACUUAACCAGCAGCUGAAGGACGGGAACACCGUUAUACUAAAUUUGGUUAAAACCUUACACUGUGGUUUCGAAAAUAAUCCUAUUCCAAAUGUAUGCUGUCCUUCAGAAUACAAUGUCAACGUGUUAGACGUUACAACAAAGUCACGAACAGACGACCUGCUCCCGACGGAAUGUGGAAUACAGAAUGCGGACAGAAUAGUGGGGGGAAGUUCCACGUCGAUAGAUGAACAUCCCUGGAUGGCACUGUUGAAGUACGACAAACCCAACGGCAGUGGAUUUUACUGCGGGGGUGUUAUCAUAUCUAAAAGAUACAUUCUAACUGCAGCUCACUGUGUCAAAGGAAGCGACUUGCCAAGGAACUGGAGACUAUCGCAAGUUCGGCUCGGCGAAUGGGAUUUGAAAUCCAAUAGGGAUUGUCAGAGGGACGAUUGCAGUCCCGACGUCCUGAACAUACCGAUAGAGGAGGCGAUAGUACACCACGGCUACUCUCCCACAGACGCCAACCAGCACAACGAUAUUGCACUCAUUAGACUUUCACACGACAUUCAUUUCAAUGAUUUCGUAAAGCCUAUCUGCCUGCCAACAACCCCUGAAUUAAUUAAUCCGUCCUUUGAUAAAUACCGCAUUGAAGUCGCAGGAUGGGGCAAAACAGAAACAAGGUCCUCAUCUGAUGUAAAGCUGAAGGUUCUGCUGCCCAUGGUCGACAACAGAUCUUGCCAAGAUAUUUACCAGAAGGCAGGGCGGGUUAUCAACAAUAAUCAGUUGUGCGCUGGAGGUCUGGAGGGGCAGGACUCGUGUCGGGGGGACUCCGGUGGACCCCUCAUGGGCCAGGGGUCAGACACGAGACAGUCCGAGGCCUGGGUAGUCUUUGGCGUAGUGUCGUAUGGACCAAGCCCUUGCGGCACUAAAGGUUGGCCUGGAGUCUACACCCGAGUCGCAUCCUACCUAGACUGGAUCAAGUCCACAAUACGCGCUUAAUCUUAAUAUCGUGCCUCAUUAUUAAGUGAACAAUUAUUAUUUUGUUGUUUUUAUAAUGUGCACAUGUGCCAUGACAAUAAAUGUUUAUUAUUAUAAACAAGAAAUAUAUUACUGUUAUUUGCUUAUUCUAUUAGAAACAGUUUUUUUUUAAUUAAGUACUAUGAGGUAAAAAUAAAAGUUCCUGAAAUGUUCAUAAAGGUACUCAAAUUUAUUUAAAUAUAUCAUCUUACUUUCUAUUUAAAGUAUACUCAUUAUAAUAUCGUCUACAAGCACCUAUUGGCAAUCAAUGACAUGUAUAAAAUAAAAAUAAUAUAGAACAAUCUAAAUCUUUCGGCGGCUACUAAUAUUGGCACAAAAUCUUUGUUUGUACAUGAUUCUUUGGAACUACAUUUUCAUAAUAGGUACUCGAAGUGCAGUAAAGUUUAGGUACUAAUGGCAAAUUAAAAUCUAUUGAAGAAAAGUACAUAAAUAAGAA